AUGGCUAGCAAGAUGCCACGGCUAAGAGAACUGCGUGCUUUCUUUUCUGUCCCGGAAUCCAGAACCUCCUCCGUACACCAGAGAAUCGAACUUGGUCAAUCACUCUCCAUGUUGCCCACGUCUAUACAUAAGUUCAAGUUGCAGUAUCUCCAACACCAGCAUUUGGCAGACGGUCUUCUAGCCAUGCAAGAUGGAGAAGAUUUUCUGACGCGCGAGCUACGUCGCUUCAGUCAACGAGAAGGCCUAAAAGACUUUGCCUUUCAUGGCUGCGUAGAGCCUUCAAUAUUUUGGCCACCAGCGUCGGAUGUAUCUGACCCACGACAUUGGCCAACUCUCAAAAGCUUUGUUUUGGGAAUGUACAAUGUGCAAGAACUUAGCUGUCUCCGCGCCAAUGAACCGCUCAGCAAUUCACAAGAUGAAGAGAAUUGGGACAGAGUCUACGCUCACGGAGGUUUGAUGAAUGAGUUUUACCGAGCCGCUGCAAAAUGCUCAGCUAGCAUGCCCAAAGCGGAAUACAACUCGAUCAACUUCGACGACGAUUGGGGUACAUCUCUUUCUUUUUGCACGGUUUUUCCUGAGGAUCCGUGCCUCACACUAAUUGGGAAGACGGACCUUGAAAUUGAGGAUGAAACUGUUCGCGAAUGGCGUAAGGCAGCUGAGGCUUGUAAUGUUGUGUUCAAAGUGCGUCUUGGACAAGAUGACGAUGAACAAUAUGAUGCCUUUGAUGCCUUUAAAUUUGAGGAAAUAGUUGAAAAGGAAGUGGAAGAAUUGGAGAGUGAUGAAAGUUCAGAGGACGAGGUUCCACCAGACCCAGCCGUUCUUCAGCGACUCCUAGAACAGUCGGAAGCUAGGGCUCUCAUAGCGGCAAACUUUUACCCUCACAUCCCAUUAGGCGGAUAA